CGGAAGGCGCACUUCUGAUUCCCAAACAACAAAGGAAGCGGCCGAGAAGACUUCUUGGUGGCGUCAGCUGUUUAAAUGCUGCAGUAGAAGGCUUCGCGUUGCUCCGGCUGCAGACAACAAAAAAGAAAAGAGGAACUCCCUGGACCCUCUGAUGAGCAGCAGCUCUGCAAAAGUUAACGGGACAAAGACGCAGGACAAGAGGGGACGCAAAGACAAGGUGGUGCAGUUUAGCGACGGCAUCGAGCCGCUGGACGACUUGAUGGUGGCACAACUGACGGACUUCAGUGCCAUCCUGGACGCGCUGCUCGAGCAGAAUCUCGCCGGCACCACAAUAAAAGAUCAACGCCGCGUUGAAUAUAUAAAUAUAGAAGGCCGCGUCGACUGCUUCGGGUUACCAAACAUUGGUCAGAGCUGCUACAUGAACUCCAGCCUGCAGAGUCUCCUGAUCCUGGAGGACUUUAUGAUGGACAUCAGCCGCAUGGAGCAGGUCUGGAGAUCAGUCCCUGAGGCUCAAUUGAUGAGAAGAUUGAUGGAGAUCAGGUACACUCACACCUCCACACACUCCCAAACUAAAGCCCCCAUCCUGCAUUCGUUUCGGGAGGCAGUCUCACUUCAUACUCCCGGGUUCAGGAACAUUCUGCAACAUGAUGCUCAUGAGUUCCUGACCUCGGUGCUGGAGCAGAUGAGGAGUCUGGCCCCUCUGCUGCAGGAGGCCGCAGCGAGCAUGGGCCGACAUUACUCCUGCCCCGUCGAGGCCCACAUGGUGUUCAAGAUGGAGAACACCAGGACGUGCAAGAGCUGUGGGGCCCGGUCAACGAAACAGGAGGAGUUCACUAACCUACCUCUGGACCUGGUUUCUGGAGUCUCUGUGGAACAGUUGCUCCAGGAGUACCUGAAGGAAACAGAGUUAGAGUUCAGCUGUGAGUGCGGAGGAAAGACAUCGAGUUACAGAUCUUCAUUCAGCACUCUGCCACAAGUGCUCAUCUUGCAGCUGAAGCGUUUUCGUUUCUCUCCGUCCCUCGAGCUCGAGAAGGCCGAUGACCCCGUCACACUGCUGAGGGACCUGGUGGUGUCCUCCGCACAGGGCGGCAGCUGCUACAGUCUGAUCAGCACCAUCAGCCAUUUUGGCUGCAAAGAAGGAGGACACUACAUCUGUAACGGCGUUCACCCCGACGACAGUCCAGACGAUCCGCGCGACCGCUGGCUCAGCUUCAAUGACUCGGUGGUCUUUGAGACGACCAGCUCUAUAGUCUGUGAGCUGCAGCAGCGGGAAGCCUACAUCCUGUUCUACAAGAGACAGGACACAACAACAGCCACACCCCCCUUAGCUCUCAGCCAACUACAGGUGUACCAUCUCCCGCGGCUCACUCUCAUAGGAAAAUGA